AUGCAGCGAACAGCUCGGGCAGUCGGAAGAUGUCCCCGAGAUGCUGCGGAGGUCCCUCGGGUCCUCAGUCUCUCGCAGACGCAACAGUGGCGAGCUGCCCUGUACGCCUUGCAGUGGCCGCCGAAGGUGGUCCUGUACAACAGCACCAUCAGUGCUUGCGGCAAGUCACAGGUCUGGCAUCGAGCCAUAGACCUUUUAGAGACCUUGCGAGCUAUUUCGAAGCCAAGUACCAUCAGCAUCAACAGUGGCAUCAGCGCAUGUGAGAGAGGUCAACAAUGGCUCCAGGCCAUGCAGCUUCUGGCGCAGAUGCAAGUGCAGCAGAUCGAAGCGGACGAGCUGACUCUCAAUACCUUGAUGAGUACCUUGCAGUGGCAACAGCUCUGGUCAUUGAUGGAAUGCAUGUAUGAGAAGGAGCUCCAGGCCGAUACCUUCACCUACCGCGCCUCCGUGGAACACGCGCCCAAAUGGACAGUGGCUUUGCAACUGGAGGCUUUGGGCCAGGAAGAAGGGCUCUCUUCCAAUCACUUCAUGAAAAGUGCUGUGGCAAGCGCCUGCCAUGAUCACUGGACGAUGGCCGUUCAGCUCUUGGAGGAUGAUGUGAAGAUGGACAUGGUGAUGUGCAAUGCGGCCAUGAACUCCUGCAGCAAGGCCAGCGCUUGGCGGCAGGCAGUUGACAUCCUGGCCAAGGCCGGAGAGCUCCAGCUGCAGACGAGCAUCGCCUCCUACAACACGGUCAUGAGCGCAUGCGCCGGCGCAGAACAAUGGCAGAUGGCACUGAGCCUCUACUGCGAGUUCCUCCAAAUGACCCUCCAGCCCAAUGAUUUGAGCUAUUUGGCGGUAGCAAGUGCUCAUGAGAAGGGCCGCCGCUGGACCUCGGCGUUGAGCCUUGUGUGCCAUUCCCCGCGGGCGAACACGGUGAACGCGUUCCUGGUGGCUGUGGCGACGUGGUCGAAAGCGCUGAGCAUCUUCCGAUGGAUGCAGACCACCAACCUGCAACCGGACACGGUCUCCACCAACGCCGCUGUUUCUGCCGCCGGACACAGUAGCGCUUGGCGAAAUGCCCAGCUGCAAGUGCUUCAGCUGCUCCACCCCACGGUGGUGACGCUCAACAGCAUGCUCAGCCUCGAGAUCCAAUGGACAGAUGCUUUGAAUCUGUGGACCGACCUCACCAGCGCGCAGGUGGAGAGCGACACGAUCUCGUUCAAUUCAGCGCUGGGCCCGUUGAGCAUGGCCAGCGCCUGGCGCCAAAGCUUGGAGCUUUUGAAGCGCAUGAAGAGAUGCCAGGUCUGGGCCAAUGAGCGUACGUUUGCUGCCGUGCAGAGGGCCAAGAACCUCAUCACACAGAUGCUGACCUUCGACCCCACCAUCCGUCCCAGUGCUGAGGGUACACCCAAGUCCACACCCUUGUCGAGGGACUUUGUCGUCAGGAAUGGUGACGGCACGCUCUCGGUGGAAGAGAUCCGGGUUCCCGCCUCAGAGUCGAUAUUCCUCGGUGAACCCCGCAUGCUUCUUGACUUUGUACCCCGCUUGCUGCGUUUCGAUCGCUCCGGAAGCUUGGAUUACACGGAGUUCCUGGCUGCCAUGUUGGACCAAAAGGUCUACAUGCAGCGGGAGCCCUCGACCGAGCGGAGCAGAGCGGAGCUUUCCUUGGAGAGUUGGCGAAGGCUGGGCAGGGAGGAUGAAGCAGAUGAUGAGCUGCAGAGAAGCAAGGUCUUGAACGGAGACUCGGUGCAAGAGCUCUUCGGAGCGCGCAGGGGAAAGAUUGAAAAGAUGAUCGAAGAGGUGGACAAGGCGGCAGGGAGCGGUUGUGAGGAGUUCUGUGCCAUGAUGUCCUCGAAGAUACAAGGGGAGAUGAAUAGCUCCGAAGUGACCCGCUCCAAAGAUGGGGUACCACAGUGGAAUGGAGAUGCCUCCACUUACCAAGAAUACGAAGAACAAGCCCUCCAGUGGGAACAGAGCAUCCCCUACCACAAACGAUACCUAGCUGGACCAAAGUUGGUGGCCGAGCUCUCGGGACCAGCUCGGAAGCAUGUCACAGGAAAACGGCCGCAGUGGUUGUCAUUCAAUGGAGGUGUCCAACACUUGCUGGAACACCUUCGUGAAUGCCUGGGGAGGCCCACGAUUCCAGAGUUGACAGAGUUUUUGAAUCGCUACUUCCGCCAGAGCCGCCGGAAGAAGUUCGAGACCAUGAACACCUACAUCACCCGAAAGACUGAGGUGUACCAUCGUGCUCGGCAAGCCUUAGCUCGAGUACAGAAGUUCUAUGGUCAGAGGCACCAACCAAGGCACCACACUUGGGAGCGUAGGGACUCCAUGACCUGGAGUCACAACACCUGGGAGGAUUGGCAAUGGCACAAUCCUGAACCACACUCACAGGACCAUGCUGAGAGUGACCACCCCGGUGAUGAAGAACAGUGGUAUGAACCCAUGAGCGAAGCACCCGCCUCAAACUCCUGGCACCACUCACGUCGAGAGAGCGAUGAUGAACCAUGGAAGCUCCAUACAGAGGAACUGCUGCCUGAGUUUCUUCAGGGGUGGUAUCUCCUGAUGGACUCCGGGUUAGAGAGCACAGAAAGGAACAUGAUCCAAACGGCCCUCCAGGAUGACUUCUCUCUACAGCGAGUUUCUCGUGAACUCCGACUCCAGUGGCCGGAUGAAGAACUCCGGCGGCAUGACCAGAACUCCCGACAUGCCGGUUUUUGGGCUGAUGAUGGGGGUGACUAUGAGCCGGACUUCACCGAUUACCAGUGA